GGGGUAACGGCCAUGGACGCUGGAAGGGGCCUGGCUGGGGGCAGGGACCAGAGGAUGAGGAUGGGGCCACAUGGACUGGAGUGCCCUGGGAGAGCUGCUGCCAGCGAGAGACCGGGGCACCACUCUCCAGGGAGCCCACGCUGCAAGUCAGGCCACAAGGGCCUCUGACCCUGAGGGCCGAUGAGGCCAGAGACAGACCAGCGGGGCCGUGAGGCCCCUGGUGAGCCAGGCCCUAACCUCAGGCAGCGCUGGCCCCUGCUGCUGCUGGGUCUGGCACUGGUAACCCAUGGCCUGGUGCGCCCAGCGGCUGCACCACAGAGCAGGGCCCUGGGCCCUGGAGCCCCUGGAGGAAGCAGCAGGUCCAGCCUGAGGAGCCGGUGGGGCAGGUUCCUGCUCCAGCACGGCUCCUGGACUGGCCCCAGGUGCUGGCCCCGGGGGUUUCGAUCCAAGCAUAAUUCACUGAGGCAUGUGUUUGGCAGCGGGACCCAGCUCACCGUUUUAGGUCAGCCCAAGGCCACCCCCUCAGUCACUCUGUUCCCGCCAUCCUCUGAGGAGCUCCAAGCCAACAAGGCCACGCUGGUGUGUCUCAUGAGUGACUUCUAUCCGGGAAUCUUGACGGUGACCUGGAAGGCAGAUGGUACCCCCAUCACCCAGGGCGUGGAGAUGACCACGCCCUCCAAACAGAGCAACAACAAGUACGCGGCCAGCAGCUACCUGAGCCUGACGCCCGACCAGUGGAGGUCCCGCAGAAGCUACAGCUGCCAGGUCACGCACGAAGGGAGCACCGUGGAGAAGACAGUGGCCCCUGCAGAAUGUUCGUAGGUUCCCAACCCUCACCCCACCCACAGGGGCCUGGAGCUGCAGGAUCCCAGGGGAGGGGUCUCUGCAUCCCAAGCCAUCCAGCCCUUCUCCCUGUACCCAGUAAACCCUCAAUAAAUAUCCUCUUGGUCAACCAGAAA